GCGAAAGAAAAACUGUGGAUUAAAACGAGCAGAGAUGUCAGCGAUUUCAGAGGAAGAGUGGAGAAUAAUUCUGACUGAAAUCCUCGAGGACCUGGAUGAGCAGCAGUACAACAAGAUGCUGAUUUGUUUGUCAGAAAUCCCCAAAUGUGUGAAGACUAAGUCCAGAGAAGAGAUGCCCCAAGCAAUCAUUGAGCGCUACGGAGUGGAAACAUCUAUUCAUAGAAUCAAUGAAGUAAUGGAUCAGAUCCCACGGAAGGAUGCUAAGGUCCAGGACUGGCUCCGCCCCUUUGUGGACAAACUGAAGAACAAACAAGAGAAAACAGGAAAGAAGAGGAAAAGCUGUGAAAUGGAUUCAAAGUCAGAGGAUGAAACGCCUGAAGCUGGCUUUAAGAAGAACAACAUUGUGAGUGAUUCACCUUCAGAUGAAGAGGCUGAAGCUGAUGAGCUGAAGAGCCCUCAGCCUGACAAGAAGAGAAAAAUUCCUCCAUGGAGAAUAUCCAUCCAUGAUCUAAAGAUCUUUGGUGAUCUUGGAAAAAAAGCCAUUGCAGGCAAAGUGGUGCAGAAAUCUGGUCCACGUACAUAUCAAACCAAAAACAAGAAGAAAAAGUUUUUCUUCUACCUCGGGGUGGCUGAUGAAACCAGCAGCAUUAAAGUGAUGGUGUAUGGAAAAGAGCGCUAUCAGCGUUUCCAGGAGGAGUCCUUCUUCCUGUUCAGAAACGUCAUCAUGGAGAAAGAUCUCAUGAAAGUGACCAAAAAAAGCACCAUAUCAAAGACGACAUCUAUUGAUGUUCCUGAGAAUCUGGAGAUGGAGGCUCGGAUGCUCGUUCCUGCCCAGAUCCCAGUUUGCUCCAUCGCAAAGGCCAACAUUGCUGCAGAGAAGACCUCAGUGAGCGUUGAAGGAACCAUAACAGAGAUCGGAUCAGUUGAAAACAUCGAGCUGAAGGACAAACAGGGAAUAAGAUCCAAGCAAGAGUUCAAACUUGAAGACAGCACCGGUUCCAUCAGGAUCACCUUGUGGGGUGACGACAUCAUGCAGCUCAGAGGAAAAUCACAGGGAGAUGUUGUCAGGGUGGCCAACGUGAAGACCAGCCACUACUAUGAUACAGUAUCGCUGAACUCGACGACUUUCACCAGAAUUAUCAAGGUUCAAAGUGCUGCGGUCCAGAAGAUCACAAUCGAGAUUGUCGGGAUCAUAAAAGCCAGCAGCACCCAGACUGAGCUGGACGCAGAGAUCGGCAGCACAGAGGUGCAGUCGUUUGUGGUGGAUUCUUCACUGCUGGCAAAAGUGUUUGGAGUCAGAGUGGACAGCAACUUUGAGGACAGACUCCUGGGCGAAAUGCCGUUCUCAGCAGAUGUAGAAAUUGAAGGAAACAAGAUCAAUAACAUGAAACCUGCUAAAGAGAAGUAGAGAUGACGUCCAGUGUUCAGGCUGAGUGUAAAUAACUGAUUUUUUUAAACUUGUAUUUUAUGAGGCAAAAUGUUUUAGAACCAGUUCUCAUGUAGAAUAGAAUGCCUUUAUUGUCAUUAUACAGGAUGUACAAUGAGAUUGGAGGGCC